AUGACAGCUGAGGAAAAUGUUGGCGGAAGUUGUCUUGGCAACCCUCAGCGUAGCGAAUUCGGCGGCCUCCUUAGGAAAAAUGCAGGAUUAUUUGUCUAUGGUUUAUCCGGGAACAUUGCCAACGCGUUUGACAUUCUUUUGGCCGAACUCCAUGCCAUAUUUCAAGGUCUGCGAAUGGUUUCAGAUAUGGGAAUAUCCGAUUUCGUGUGCUACUCCGACUCUCUCCACUACGUUAGCCUCAUCAACGACCCUUCCAUGAGGUUUCAUGUCUAUGUCACUCUCAUUCAAAACAUAAAGGACCUCAUCAUUACUAGCAAGGCUUCUGUUUUUCACACUCUCCGUGAGGGAAAUUACUGCGCAAAUUUUCUUGCAAAGUUGGGAGCGGCUUCGGACUCUGUGUUGACGAUUCAUGCCUCACCUCCUGAUGGGAUGAUUCAACUGAUUAAAGAUGAUACUUUGGAAACUCUCUUCCCUAGGGCAAUAAGGGACAUUGAGACCCCACAAGAUGAAAAAGAUGGUAGAAGUACUCACUAA